AUGGCGUCGUCGUCCGCCGCGACCGAGCGCGUCCUUCACCUCGCGAGCGAAGGCGCGGACGCGAUCGAAGGCGCGGACGCGAAGGAGGCGACCUCGAACGUGACGAAGUUACUCGUCGAAGGCAUGACGUGUUCCGCGUGCACAGGCGCGGUCGACGGCGUGUUGAGCAACAUCGACGGCGUCGAGAGCGUCUCCGUCGCGCUGCUCCCGGAAGGCUCCGCGGAGGUGCGGUUCGACCCGAACAAAACCGGUCCGAGGGCGUUCGUGAACGCCGUGGAAGACGCCGGGUUCGACGCGAAGAUCGCAUCGGGGGACGAGGCGAGGUCGUCCAAGAGCGCGUCCGCGGUCGAGGCGGAGGCGUACAGGUCUCUGUGCUCCGCGAGCCUCGUGUUUACGAUCCCGGUGUUCUUGCUGAACAUGGUUCUUCCCCGGGUGGAGAUGUUCGCGUGGCUGUACGCCGGAUUCGUGCGAGAGGUGUCAUUGGCGACGUUCGUGAAGUGGGCGCUCGCGACGCCGGUGCAGUUCCACGUCGCGAAUAGGUUUCACCGCGGCGCGUACAAGUCGCUGAAGAACGGUGCGGCGAACAUGGACGUCCUCGUGUCCCUCGCGACGAACGUCGCGUACUUCGCGAGCGUGUACGUCAUAUUUCACUGCGUCAGCACCGGGCACGUCUUCGGGAGGGAUUUCUUCGACACGAGCACGAUGCUGGUAACAUUCAUCCUCCUCGGGAAGUAUUUGGAGUCCUCCGCGAAAGGAAAGACGUCCGAGGCGAUAUCGAAGCUGUGCAAUCUGACGCCGAACACCGCGGUAUUGCUGAAGGAAGUCCCAGGGAGCGACCCGACGCGCAAAGAAUACGAAGAGACGACGAUCUCAUCCUCGCUGAUUCAUCGAGGCGAUCUUUUGAAGGCGUUACCAGGGUCGAGAAUCGCCGCGGAUGGCGUACUCGUGGACGGAAAAAACGUCCACGUCGACGAGAGCAUGAUCACGGGCGAAUCGUUGCCGAUACGCAAAAACGUGAACGACGAGGUGCUGGGAGGGACACUCAACACAGGGAGCGCGUUUAUCAUGCGCGCCGUUCGCGUCGGCGCGGACGCGUCGCUGUCGCAAAUCGUCAAGCUCGUGGAGAACGCGCAGGUGAAGAAAGCGCCGAUCCAAGCGUUCGCGGACAAAGUCUCGAACGUGUUCGUCCCGGUCGUCGUCUUCCUCGCGUUCAUCACCUGGAUCGCGUGGUACACGUUCUGUCCCGAGCAAUGGAUCCCGGAGGAUGAGACGAGGACGCUGUUCACGAUGAUGUUCGGCAUCGCGGUUCUCGUCACCGCGUGUCCGUGCGCGCUCGGUUUAGCGACGCCGACCGCGGUGAUGGUCGGCACGGGCGUGGGGGCGACGAACGGGAUCCUCAUGAAAGGCGCGGACGGUUUAGAGCGCGCGGGGCAAGUCACAAUCUUAGUGUUCGACAAGACUGGAACGUUGACUGUCGGGAACCCGUCCGUCGUCGGGUUUAGGAUUUUCGGGAACAUAGGCGACGAGGAAUACCUCAAAAUCGUCGCCGCGGCGGAGUCACAGAGCGAGCACCCUAUUGCGAAGGCGGUUUUGAAAUUCGCGAAGCACAAGCUAGGCUUCGAAGGCUAUGAAGAGGGCGCGCAAAACGGAAACGGGAUGAAUUUGCCGGCUGCUGAAGAAGUAGAGAUCGUACCUGGCGAGGGCUUGCGGUGCCGGUUCAACGGCGCAGAAGUGCUCAUCGGGAGCAAGAAGCUCCUCGAGUCCGCGGGGGUCGCCAUCGUGAGCGACGUCGCCGCGUACGUCGGCCAAGUUCAAAGAGACGCGUGCACGUGCGUCCUCGUCGCGAUGAAAGGAGAGGUCAUGGGGUCGUUCGCGAUCACGGAUCCGAUUCGCCCUGAAGCCGCCGGGGUAGUCGCCGCGCUGUCGCGCAUGGGCGUGCAGUCUCAUCUCGUGACCGGGGAUAACUGGCAGACCGCGAGAGCGAUCGCCGCGGAGUGCGGAAUCGUCUCCGUGCAUGCGGAGGUUUCCCCCGCGGGGAAGGCGGGGAAGAUCGAGGAGCUGAAGGCGCCGCCGAUGAGGAAGACAUUGAAAGGGACGGUCGAGGUCGCGCGUCGCGCAGCCCCCGUCGUCGCGAUGGUGGGCGAUGGGAUCAACGACGCACCCGCGUUGGCGGCUGCGGACGUCGGGAUCGCGAUCGGCGCGGGAACGGACAUCGCUAUCGAGGCUGCGGAUUUCGUCCUCAUGCGAAGUGACCUCGAGGACGUCGUCACCGCCGUGGACCUGUCGAGGAAGACGUUUCGCCAAAUUCGGCUUAAUUACGUCUGGGCGUGCGUCUACAACUUCCUCGCUAUCCCUCUCGCCGCGGGACUGUUGUACCCUAAAACGCGGAUGCAGGCUCCGCCCUGGGUCGCGGGAGCGGCGAUGGCGUUCAGUUCGGUGUCCGUCGUCCUCUCGUCGCUGUCGUUGCGGUACUACGAGAGACCUAUGCGCGUGCUGCGUGAGAUCGGCAUCGCGAACGAAACGGAGAUGUUGUUUCGUCGGUGGUGA